UCCAGCGUCACAUAAAUCUGUACCACAGUUCACUGUAACCAACAUUGUGAUGCGAUUGGAAACUAUUCAUAGCACUAAAACGGAUAUAUCUGCUAGAUAAUUAAUUGUUGAUGUAUUACGGAACCGGGGGACUUUUUAAAAGUUCGCCUUUGAUCCGCUUUUACUGUUAGAAUCACAUCUAUCCUCGGCUGGGCUGGGUCGGUAGUUCCGCUUCCCCUCCGCCAUAGCGGGUCUAUCCCGGUUCAAGAAGAAGAUAGAACUACGAAUAAAAAGCAGGUCAUCGUGGUUGAGCGACCACAACUCGUUCAAAAUAGGCAAUCUGGCAAAUAAGUUGAUUUACUACCGGCCAUCAUAAAAGGUGGGGAGCUCCUCGGGGACUUUGCAGGACUUCACGCUGCCGUUUUGUUGGUUAAUCUCUGAAGCCCUGUGUUUGCCUGGCCGAGCCCCUCUGUCAUGUCUGAUAACGGUGAGCUGGAGGACAAGCCCCCCGCCCCCCCUGUCAGAAUGAGCAGCACUAUUUUUAAGGAUAACCAGUCGGCCAAUCACAGCUCCAAGCCUUUGCCCUCGGUGCCAGAGGAGAAGAGGUCCCGCAACAAGAUCAUCUCCAUAUUCUCAGAAAAAGGUGGACGAAAGAAAGACAAAGAUAAGGAGCGUCCAGAGAUUUCAUCACCCUCUGACUUCGAACACACUAUUCAUGUUGGCUUCGAUGCAGUUACUGGAGAAUUCACUGGUAUGCCAGAGCAGUGGGCUCGGCUACUCCAGACCUCAAACAUCACCAAAUCGGAGCAAAAGAAGAACCCCCAGGCUGUGCUGGAUGUCCUCAAGUUUUAUGACUCUGCCGGUGGCAACGGCCGGCAAAAAUACCUCAGUUUCUCUUCCUCAGACAAAGAUGCACAAGCCAUGAAAAAGGGCACAGAGCCUUCACCGUCAAGCAAAGAUGAGGAUGAUGAUGAUGAUGAGGCACCACCGCCAAUUGUAGCACCACGGCCUGAGCACACCAGAUCAAUAUACACAAGAUCUGUUGUCGACCCCACCCCACCACCAGCAGCCAGCUCAGACACAGCAGAUGGCCCCCGAGGGGCCGAUAAGCAGAAGAAGGCCAAGGGCAAGAUGACCGAUGAGGAGAUCAUGGAGAAACUGAGAACCAUUGUCAGCAUUGGUGAUCCCAAGAAGAAAUACACAAGAUAUGAGAAAAUUGGUCAGGGAGCAUCUGGAACUGUCUACACAGCCAUUGAUGUUGCCACAGGUCAGGAGGUGGCGAUCAAGCAGAUCAACCUGCAGAAGCAACCCAAAAAGGAACUCAUCAUUAAUGAGAUUCUAGUGAUGAAGGAACUCAAGCAACCCAACAUUGUGAAUUUCCUGGACAGUUUUCUGGUGGGUGAGGAGCUGUUUGUGGUAAUGGAGUACCUGGCUGGUGGCUCCCUGACUGAUGUUGUGACGGAGACUUGCAUGGAUGAGGCACAGAUCGCUGCUGUCUGCAGAGAGUGUUUACAAGCAUUGGAGUUCUUGCACGCCAACCAGGUCAUUCAUCGAGACAUCAAGAGUGACAACGUGUUGUUGGGAAUGGAUGGAUCAGUCAAACUGACUGAUUUCGGCUUCUGCGCCCAGAUCACACCUGAGCAGAGCAAGCGCAGUACCAUGGUGGGCACGCCAUACUGGAUGGCCCCGGAGGUGGUGACCCGGAAAGCGUACGGGCCCAAAGUGGACAUCUGGUCCCUUGGCAUCAUGGCCAUUGAGAUGGUGGAAGGAGAGCCUCCUUACCUCAAUGAGAACCCACUAAGAGCAUUGUAUCUGAUUGCCACCAACGGCACUCCGGAGCUCCAGAACCCCGAGAAGUUGUCCCCUGUCUUCAGGGACUUCCUGAAUCGCUGCCUGGAGAUGGAUGUUGAGAAGAGAGGAGGAGGAAAAGAGCUCCUGCAGCAUCCCUUCUUGAAACUAGCCAAGCCUCUCUCCAGCCUGACUCCGCUCAUUCUGGCUGCCAAGGAGGCCAUGAAGAGCAAUCGUUAGUCCAGAUAGGCCAGUGCUACAACUCACCAUACCCUGCCUACCACAUUAGGAAGACGCGGAAGUCUUCUUUCUUGUCAGGCCAAUGGACUCGCACACAACUUGGGCCUAUACUACAAAGCUGGUUCAGGAUAAGUUGAGGUUAAGUUAAGAGGUAAAACAUCUAAUACAAGAGCUUUUCUUAAGGAAAUGUGGACUCCAGGCUCUUCUAUUAGAUUAUUAACCUCUUAACAUAACCUUAACUUAUCCUGAAUCAGCCUUGUAGUAUAGGCCCCUAGUCUUUGCCAAACCGUCUGAUCUCACUGUACCAUGGCAAGCUGCACAGGGGAAAGGGUCAUCCAUAUAAUCUUCGUUGUUUAUAUGAUCUCUGAGUCUUUUUGUACACACUUUGGUCUAAUGGGAUGCAACAGUGAAACGAUUUGGAAUUUUGUUGCCAGGCUUCACCAAGCCAAAUUCAUGUUCUACCAUUUCCACACUCCGUGUUUUUUAUUUAGUUUGUUUGUUUGAUUGAUUCUUCUUAUUUUUCUCCUUAUUCUUCUCCUCUCUCUGCCUUACUUUGUCCCAGUCCCAGGUGUACAUGAAACUUGAAAUCUCAUAGCCCUGUCCCAAUGAGUAUGUCACCCUGUGCCUAUACCUAUUCGCCUUUUUUUAUCUUUUAAAAGAUUUUUUAACUGAGGAAAAUUGCUGUAUUGAGUUAAAUUUUUGCCAUUAACAGAGUCGGAGAGAAAUAAAUAACCUGAAAAUGCCUGUUUUAAAUGUGUUAAAUCUUUUUUGUAUAUUAUGUACUUUGAAUAGGAAAUAUGGAGAGGGAAAGGAACACAAAACAUCAGGACAUUUUUGACUAGCUAUUUUGUAUUUAUGUGUAUGUAUACUGUGUUUUAUAUUUUUAACUAACAACCUGACAGAAUGCCACAAUUUGAUUCAUUUCGACUGUCUCGGACUGUAAUUCUCGGUAUUUCUAUGUGAAAUAGAUCUAUUGUUUUCUCAGUAAAAUGUUAUGCAUAUCACCGGAAACUAUGCCUAUCAAAACAUUCCAGAUAGAAAACUUGUGAAACUGCCCAAUGUUACAGUGAUGGAACGUAUCUGUUUUCUGUAAAUUAUCAGUAAAGUUUGAUCUUGAAUCAAAACAUCUCCA